GGGCCUCGCGCGCUGAUGGCGUUCUGGUCUCGCGGGGCUGGACUCCGGGCUGCGUGCGUCUCCCGGUGGCGGGGAUGGGAAGGACGACAAGUGGAGCAGCAGCCCAGUUGGACCGAUGACCUGCCUCUGUGCCAGCUCUCAGGGGUUGGCUCUGCUCCGAAUCGUACCUAUUCUGCCGAUGGCAAGGGCACCGAGAGCCAUCCGCUGGAGGAUCACUGGCUCAAGUUCAGGAGUGAGAACAACUGCUUCCUCUAUGGGGUCUUCAACGGUUUCGACGGCAGCCGAGCGGCCAACUUUGUGGGCCAGAGGCUGUCCGCCGAGCUGCUCCUGGGCCAGCUGAGCGCCGACCACAGCGAGGCCGAUGUGAGGCGGGUGCUGCUCCAGGCUUUUGAUGUGGUGGAAAGGAGCUUUCUGGAGUCCAUUGAUGAUGGUUUAGCUGAGAAGGCAAGCCUCCAAUCCCAGCUGCCAGAGGGGGUCCCUCAGCAUCAGCUGCCAUCUCAGUACCAGAAGAUCCUGGAGCGGCUGAAGGUGUUGGAGAGAGAGAUCUCCGGUGGCGCGAUGGCUGUGGUGGCGAUCAUUCUCAGCAACAGGCUUUAUAUCGCCAAUGUUGGUACAAACCGAGCGCUGCUCUGCAAGGCCACCGGAGACGGGCUGCAGGUGACUCAGCUAAACUCCGAGCACACCACGGAAAAUGAAGAUGAGCUCUUUCGCCUGUCCCAGCUGGGUCUGGAUGCAGGGAAGAUCAAGCAAGUGGGGACCAUUGGUGGCCAGGAAAGUACCCGCCGUAUCGGGGAUUACAAGAUCAAAUACAGCUACAGUGACAUCGAAUUGCUCAGUGCUGCCAAGUCGAAGCCGAUCAUCGCUGAGCCAGAAAUCCAUGGAGGGCAGUCCCUGGAGGGCGUCAGCGGCUUCCUGGUGCUGAUGUCUGAGGGGCUUUACAAAGCCCUGGAGGCGGCCCACGGGCCAGGGCAGGCCAAUCAGGAGAUUGCGGCGAUGAUUGACACGGAGUUUGCCAAGCAGACCUCCCUGGAUGCGGUGGCCCAGGCCGUGGUGGACCGGGUGAAACGUAUCCACGGGGACACCUUUGCCAGCGGUGGGGAACGUUCGGCGUUCUGCCCCCGGCACGAGGACAUGACCCUGCUGGUGAGGAACUUUGGGUACUCGCUGGGCGAGAUGAGCCAGCCUGCCCUGACCCCAGCCCAAGGAGGACGCGUGUGUCCCGUCUCGGUGCCUUACUCCAGCGCCCAGAGCACAAGCAAGACCAGCGUGACGCUGUCCCUAGUUAUGCCCUCCCAGGGACAGAUGGUCAAUGGUGCCCACAGCGCUUCCACCCUGGAUGAGGUGACGCCCACCCUAACCAACCAAAGCCCGACCAUGACCCUCCAGUCCACCAACACUCACACCCAGAGCAGCAGCUCCAGUUCUGAUGGGGGUCUCUUCCGCACCCGCCCCUCCCACUCCCUGCAGCCCGAUGAGGACGGUCGGGUUGAGCCCUAUGUAGACUUUGCCGAGUUUUACCGUCUCUGGAAUAUGGACCAUGGGGAGCAGGGGGCCCUUCCAGUGUCUUAGUGCCAAAGAGCACGGCUCCCGGAAGGAAAAAUGGCCCGGGUAUGUCCACCUGGGGCCUGCUGUUAGGCCCUGCCUCCCCAAGGCUUGGGCCUGUCCCUGGUGAGGCGGUGGCCCUCAAGUCCCACGAAUGAGCUCUGCAGGAAGACUGGACAUUGGGAGCAAAUAGCUGCCCCCCCCCGAAGCCUGGCAUUUCUGGGGACCACCACCUUUCUGUCUCCCAAUAAAUAUAACUUGUACUGUCUCCUGCCUCAGGCCCGUGUGGGUCUGCCUCCACCCCCCAGGAGGUGCCAUUGUCCCCCAGAGCAGGCAGCCCUUGGGGUGCCCCUCUGCAGUUCCAGUCCAGUCCUCCAUCUCUCGGUUCUCAUUUGAAAGAGGGGAGCCAAACAUGCCUAUAUUUUUAUCCCCCCAAAGCAAACUCCAGCCAGGUCCCUGCUGGGCCCUGGGGGUCAGUCUGCAUUUGCUGGGGCAGGCGCUGGCAUGCCAGUUGGGCCAGGGAAGUGAGCACGUUUCCAUCCAGCCAUGGAGCAGUGAGAGGGGGAGCCUGGGGCACUAGCAAGAAGGGAUGGGAACAAACCAGAACCAGGCUCGAGCCAGUGACCAGGCUGACCACCUCGGGGUCCCUUUGACUCUUCCCUCCCUCUCCUCCCACAUCCGUCCGUUGCCAAGGUGGUUUGAUGCCCCCUCCACCGUGGCAGCGUUCCUAGUGCAUGCCCUCCCCACUGCUUAUGUGGACUGUCAUGACAGGCUUCCUCCCCCUACCUGGCCUCCCUCUCCAGGCCACCUUCCACACAGCUGCCCAAGUUACCUUCCUGGUGUGUGGCUGACUGUCCCACCCUCCUCAAACACCUUCCAUGUCUCCCUAGUGCCUCCUCAGUGUGGCUCUGACUCCCAGCCCUCCUUCCAGCCUUAGUUCACACUUCUCCCCGGUCGUGUCCCAGCCCAGCUGGGCUAGUUACUCUUCCUGGCAUUCAGCCCCUCUUGGCCCACCUCCUUGUUUUUGUGCAGGCCCCCUAGACUCCUCUUCUUUCAAGGGUCAGCUUUGGGGCCUCCUCUGCUGGAAGCCUUCCCUGAGCCUUCUGCUCCUCCCAAGCUCUUCCUGUCCUCACAUACUCCUUCAAACACCCGGACGUUGUCAUCCCCAGCCCCCAUGUCACACCUGUCAGCAGGCAUGUCCUGUCGCCCCCAUAAGAUGGCAAGCUUUAGGUCAGGGACCGGUGGUUUUCUGCCUCCGUAUCCCAUGAUUACCACAGUGCUUUGCCCUUUUUUUUGUCCAGAUAUGUGACUUCAUUAGUGUUAGGCAGGCCUGUUUUUAAAAAUAUUUCUACUUAUCUGUAUUUUCAGUUCUGUGUUUUCUCCCUCCGCUGCCUUCCCCCACCCAUUGAGAAAACAAGAAAUACAAUACCCAUUACACAGA